CACGCUCAAACUCAAAAUUGUAUAGAAAUGUUUUAAUUUAUAAUAUAACAAAUUUUUAGUUCUUUUUGGAUAAUUAUUGAGACAACAUGGCGGAUGCGCAACCAAAGCAAAAGCCGCCGCCCAAGGAGGUGACAAUCGUGCCACCGGAAAAGACCGCCGAUCCCAUUAUCUCGGUCAUUGGCGACUUCAGACGCUAUCAGUUCUUCUUCUGCAUGAUAAUAUUCCUCGUCAAAUUCGGCACGGGCUGGCACACGCUCGGUCACAUUUUCCUGGCGGCCCCCACGCCGCUCAAGUGCCAAACCGAAAAUGUGACAAACGCCUGCAGCGGCGACUGCGAGGAGAAGGAGUUCGAUACGAGCGUCUUCAAGAGCACCAUUGUGACCGAAUGGAAUCUCACCUGCGGCGACAGCUACAUGGCCAGCUUGUCCCAGGCUAUAGUCAUGACGGGCAUCAUGUUCGGUAGCAUCUUCUUUGGCGCCAUCUCGGAUCGCUGCGGACGUCGUCCUGCCUUUCUGGGCUGCUGCUUCAUGCAGCUCUUUACGGGCUUGACUGUCUGCCUGUCGCCCUAUUAUUGGUUCUACUGCGUGUUCCGGUUUCUGGUCGCCUUUGCCACAGGUGGCACCAUGGUGGUGAGCUUCGUGCUCAUCAUGGAGAUCAUAGGCCCCAAGAAGCGUGAACUGAUUGCGAUUCUAUAUCAGCUGCCCUUCAAUUUGGGCCACGCCUCGCUGGCGGUAUUUGCCUACUUCAUACGCACCUGGCGCUGGUUUCAGUUCAGCAUUACGAUCUUCUCCAUCGUAUUUGUCAUCUACAUAUUUCUGGUGCCGGAGUCGCCGCGCUGGCUGCUGACCACGGGCCGCGUGGAUAAGUCGAUUGCCAUAUUGGAGAAGGUGGCGAAACAUAAUCGAGCGCCCACCGAUAAUAUACGCGGUGAGAUUGAGGCGGCCAGCAAGGCGCUGCAGGCGAAGACGCCUGCGAAGAAGGGCACAGUCAUCGAUUUAUUCCGCACUCCGUAUCUGGCGGUGAAGACAAUUUGCAUGGCCAAUGCCUGGCUGGUGGUCAGCAUGGUCUACUACGGCACCUCGCAGUUCAUAUCGAAUCUGGGCGGCAAUAUCUUCAUCAACAAUUUGAUUGUCGCCAGUCUGGGCAUACCCGGCACGCUGAUCUGCGUGUUGAUGACCAAAUAUCUGGGACGCAAGCUGACGCUGCAGCUCUCGAACGGCUGCAGCGCCGUCGGGCUGCUGCUGCUCGCCUUUUUGUCCAAUACCAAUGAGAUUGUGCGCGUGACGCUGGCGGGCUUGGGGCUGUUCGGUGCCUCCAUUACUUACCCCAAUGUGUAUCUCUAUGGCGCCGAGAUCUUUCCCACUGUGGUGCGCUCCAAUGGCGUCGGGCUCUGCUCGAUGAUCGGACGCAUUGGCUCCAUAGCGGCGCCGUUUAUCUCCGAUCUGUCGAAGAUUAAGUUCUGGUAUACGCCGCUGAUCUUUGGCAUCUUCUCGGCCUUUGGGGUGUUCACCGCGUUCUUCUUGCCGGAGACGCGUGGCAUGCAACUGCCCGAGACGCUCGAGGACGGCGAACAGUUUGGCCGCAAGCAGCCCAAGGCCAAGGAGUAACUUGCCGCAUCCUUUUUUACACUUGACUCUCAAAUGGUUUGAAUAAUUUUAUAUAUUUGUAAUAGCAAAUUAGUAAAAUGUGCGUAAGCUUAAACUUAA